ACGCAAGACGCAAGGCCAGCGAAAGAGGCGAGUGGAAGCGAACGAAGCAGGGGCGUGUGUUUUGUGAGAGGGUGUGAUCGAAAAGAGAAGCCGAAGCGGCCGAAGUAGCGUCAGAGUGGUUAUCGCGACGUUGUCCUCUGUGUGUCUUCGUCGGGCCGAUUCUUCUUUCGCCAACGUGCUCUGAGCUUCGGCGAGCGCUGGCUGCACUGCUCGCGUUCGUCGCUCAUUCCACGCAGCCGCUGAGAUGAGCGAUUCGCUGCCGCUAACCUCCUGCAUUGAAGAAUGGGAUCAGCUCGAGAAGGAAUACUGCGACUUAGAGAAGUCGUACCGUCAGUACACGGUACUGACUGGAGAGCUGCAGCGGUCCCAGGACGAGUGCCUCAAAGCCCUUCGGCAUCACCGGUACCGGUCGUCGCAGAUCCUCGAGUCGUUGAACAAGAUCCAGCCAGCCAGUGACAAUGAGAAAGCUCAGAAAGCAGAGCUGCUGCAAAAGCUGGACGCCAAGCGGAUGCACCUGGACGACAUGGGGCAGGACCUACCACGUUCCAACGGUAUUUACUUGCAGAUUGUGCUUGGAAGCGUCAACCUUUUCCUCAGGGAUGCAGAAAAGUAUCGGUACAAGGACGAAUACGAGAGGUUCAAGCUGAAGGUCACCAUGCUCAUUCUGGUUGUGUCGAUCCUGUGCAUAUUAAUGAACUACAGGGCUUGUGAUGCCAUCCUGCACUUCCUUCUGGUCUGGUACUACUGUACACUCACAAUACGAGAAAGCAUUCUGGCAGUCAACGGUUCAAAAAUAAAAGGAUGGUGGAGGCUACACCACUUCAUAACAACUGCACAAGCUGGGAUCAUUAUUGUCUGGCCUGAUGGUAUUAUAUAUGGAAUGUUCCGAAGGCAGUUCACAUGGUACGUCUGCUUCAUAAGUAUUAUCCAGUUCUGGCAAUUCUACUACCAACAAGGAUGCCUGUACAGACUUCGAGCUCUGGGUGAAAGCCACAACAUGGACAUCACAAUCAAUGGAUUUCGAUCUUGGAUGUGGCGCGGCCUUUCCUUUCUGCUUCCAUUCCUCUAUUUUGCCUACAUGUUCCAGCUGUACAAUGCGUACACAUUGUAUCAUCUCAGCCUUCGUCCAGAGUGUACAGAGUGGCAGGUUUUCGUGUCGGCAUUAAUCUUCUUCAUCCUCUUCAUGGGCAACAUUGCGACCACGUCGCUUGUCAUCUUCCACAAGAUCAGCGGCCGUACAAUCAUCCGCAGGAUACAGAAGAAAAGAAGCCACGACCACGUGGAGUAGGGUUGAGUUAAUCCGAGCUCUGCCGUUUGCCGCAAAUGCCACUCGCCCCCUGCCGACCGUUUUAGGAUGGUGACUGUUGGCGUGCUGAGAUCCGUGCCUGUGCACAUGUGUGGCAAAAGAAAUCUAAAACCGGCCUAGUCAGACUGUCCUGGACAAGGCAGCCCUAGGGUUUGUGCUUUACGGUGUUCUUGCAUUUUUUUUUUGUCUCCGGCAGGGCAGUAACAUGUCGCGUAGUGCUCUUACAAAUUAUUUUAGGUUACUAUUUCUUUUUUUUUCUUUCCUCGUGACUCUUGGUCUGUGGUGUGAUCUCCACUUGGACAUUUGUUUUAAAGAGUGCGUGUUGUUUUCAACGUGUUGUGUGUGCCUGGGAAGUCAUUCUGGUAUCACUUGACCAUUCAUUACUGUUCACUUCACGUUUGACUGUCUUUGUCAGUAGUUGUUGUUUGAGUGCAGAUGUAUCUGAUUCCCCUGACGAUUACUAGCAAAGUCGUUUUCUCUGACAUUUGGGGAUGUUUUUUCUCUAAUAGCUGUGUUGAAUCGCACAAAUAGAGUGAAAAAAAUGUGCUGUGCUCAAUCCUGGUGUGUGGUACAAAAUGGCAAUAUACUUUACUGUGUCCAUGUGUGUUCUUUUUUAUCGUGUGUUGCCUAUGGCCGUUACUAUUUCUCCAGGCUUGCAUGGCUUAAACAGUGGAGUGGUCCUAGACAAGCAUGCUGUUUUGUAAGUGGGGCUUUCAGUGUGCGUUCGAUGGUAGGGGCUCGCUGUCUGUUACUAAGCCUGGUUUUACUUAGUCAAUGUUACUAAUUAGUAAGGGUGCAAGAAGCAGCGAGUCUCUCCAGCCUUCAGUCCUUUUAGCUACGAAGUGCUGAUCACCCUUCUCGUCAGGCGAGACCACACUGGAUAUAUGUGAUUGUGUGGUAUGUGUGGUUCAGCUUCCUUGGGAAGCAUGGUGUUCAUCACGGUUGCUUAACAACAGUUUCCACCUCAAGAGGUCCAAAGAAGAAGUGAAGGCAAGAUAAGUGCCACUACUACACUUUUCGCACGCUCGAUUAUUCAGGAAAAGGACGAGUGCAAUUUGCCCAAGUACUGAAGGGUCAUCCUUGUCACGAGUCCUGUCGUCCACCAAAUCGCAUGCCCCGCUAUAAAAAAAAUGACAAGUUAAUGCGUGCAUUGCAAAUGCUUUGCUAUGCAACCACUUAUGCUGGUGCAUGCUGUGCGAGUCAACUGCAGGUAUGAUGCGUGGUGCGGAAGUUAAAUCUUCUUAAGACAUAUGAGGGCUGCGUUGGCAAACACUUCCACGUCAACUGUGAAUAUGCAGUCUUAUUACAUCCUUAGUACAUCCUUAUUACGGACUUAUUUACUGCAAUGGCUGGGUACUCUGCCCUUUCAAAGAGGUCAUUAAAAGUGACAUGGCAGUUUUCUACUGACAUGUCUAAAGUCUGCGCACGAAUAACAACAUAUAAAAGGUGCAACUUGGAGACGAGACGUACUCGCAUGAGUUCCUGCCCGAAGAAGCACUUGCUUUUACGCUUGUAACGCAGAAAAUGUGGCAGAGUUGUAUUUUGGAAUGAUGUAUGUGGAUCAGGAAUGUCAUCUGAGAGAUGACCAUUUUGUCCAUUUUUUUUUUCAUACUUAAAAUGAUAAGUCGAUUUUUCGAAGCAAGUGCACUCAAAGUGCGAAGUCCCUACAUGACCUGCCCUUAUAGUGCACAAAUUCCUCGCCUUUUUGCUCACUUUCGGACGCAACUUCCACUUAAGGCUUUUGACAUUUAUUGUCCACUCAAGGUCGAUUUGUCGAACCUUUAGUCAAAUUUAUCGACAGUUUUCCUUCAUCUCCAUGUUGGUGCCUUCGCAUUCCCUCACUGAUCAUUUAUUUACAUUGAUCGCACAAGCUUUUAGUUGGGGUUUGUUUAGAAACCGGAGAUGUUAAUGUAGACUUUGUUGAGUGUACUGUUCCGACGCACAAAUCCUUGUCGUAAGGCUCGUAUUUGCAAACUUGUCUUUUUUUGUUCAGUGAAACAAUUUCUGUAGGAGAAAACUUGCUCGGUGUGCACCCUUUUUCCCACUUCACCUGCAUACUUCUUUUCGUGUGAAGUCACGUUCAGUGUUGUUCACUGUUCCUCGUGUUUGAUGAAAGACUGCCGGACUUAAGCACCUUUCCAAGACAAGAAUAACUUAUAUGCGUAAGGUUAAGAAGUGUUCAACAAAGGCCAUUGUUGUUUAUCUUAUAAGUGAAGGAAUGUUUCUGAAGUAAGGAUAACUUAUAAGUGUACAACUGAGAAGUGUUCAGCAAGGCUUGUUAUUGUUGCUGUUGCCAGUUAACCGUUCCGCUUGCAAAUGGCAGUGUGUGUCCCUUGUGUGUGGUUUAGAAAGUGUUAAACAUGUAGAGCUCAUGGCAAUAGCACUGCAUUGACCAGUGCACAAGCAAGCCAUUGGCAUGUCACAUGCAACUUUUGCUUGUUCCCUGGCCUGUUUUGCAUUUGCCGUCGCUGAUAGCCAAUCCAUUGGGCUUGUGUGGUGUAAGCUUAUUGCUCUGUUUUAAAUGCUGAAUUUCAGACACUGAAUUAAGUGCCAAAACCUUUAUUUGGCCUUGGUUCUCUCAGCAGCAAUGCACACAUUGUUGCAUUUUAUUUAGAUUCACUUGUAAUAUACACCCAAUGUCAAUACCGGAAAACAAAGACCCGAGUGUCACCGACUGUACGGGUGCAGAAGCUUAACUCGAGUUACACCCUACAAGUUUGUAUGUAUUAACCAUAAAGCUGGUGUAGCUGUCACCAUAAUUUUUAUUGCGCAUGUAUGCUGACAGGCAAGUGUUUUUGCCCAACUAUUCCAUGAUAUAUGACUGUGACUGUUGUGUCUCCAAUAUCUGAUUAAAUGUUGUCGAUCAAAUAGGCUCA